ACCCAAUACACACAGCACAGCACAAGUCAAGAGGCAGAGGCAGAAACCACUUCCUUUUCUUCCCAUUUUUGCUUUGCUUUCCCAACCAUUUAUUCAGAUUUCUCCAUGUUCUUUUCAUUGGAUUGUGCUAUUCAGAUGCAUCAAAUCUUCAUUUGGCCUUGAAAGAAUCUCCUUUUCAAUCUUCAUUAUCAGUUUGCUGUUUUAAGAAGAAAACUGAAUUUGUGUUUUGCUUCUUGGUUUUCAAUCAUCCUGCGAAGGCUUUUUACUCUGUUUUUUAAUUGCGGGAAAAAAGUGGUUGGAAAUUAAUCAGGGCUGUUUGCAAAAUUAAUCUUGAAAGGGGAAUUUUAUUUUGGUUUGUAGUUGAGGCCUUGCUUUGUUUUUGGAAUUUCAAAGGAAUUUUUUGUUUCUUAGAGUUGGGGAAUUCAGUAGAGAGAGAGAGAGAGAGAGAUGGUGAAACAUGGACCUUGCUGUCACUGUGGUGUUACAGCCACCCCUCUUUGGCGUAACGGGCCACCCGAGAAGCCGGUGCUCUGCAAUGCUUGUGGCUCACGGUGGAGAACAAAGGGUACUUUGGCGAACUAUGCACCUAUGCACGCCAGGUCUGAGCAGGAUGAACUCGAAGACUAUAAGAUUCCUCAGUCGAAAAACAUGUUGGGCGGGAACAAGAAGGCAAAGGGGUUGAAGCGUAUGCAUCAUAAUGGUGCUCCUGCAACUGAAUUUGUGCAUGUUCCUCCUGAAUCCAGCCCGGGGUUUCCUAGAGUUGGUGAAGAUAUGAGUAAUAGAUCGAGUUCUGGUUCUGCUAUAUCGAACUCGGAGAGCUGCGCACAAUAUUCCAUAGCCGAGGCAAGCGAUAUGACAGGUGCAUCUCAACCAUUGGCAUGGGAUUCAGUCGUGCCUUCCAGGAAGAGAACCUGUAUAACUCGACCAAGGCCAUAUCCGGUCGAGAAGCUUGCUGAAGAUCUUUAUACCAUAUGGCAUGAACAGCAGUCUUCGUGUUUGACUGCAUCUUCAGAAGAGGACUUGCUGCUUGAAAGCGACAAGCCAAUGGUAUCCGUUGAGAUUGGACAUGGAAGUAUACUUAUUCGGCAUCCUAGCUCCAUAGCUCGAGAUGAAGAAUCGGAAGCUAGCUCCCUUUCAUUUGAAAACAAGCAGCAACGUUUGGAUCCUCAGGUUGAACCUUUACCCAGCCUUAUCGAAGAGCCGGCUCAUUUAAAAGAUCGAGAAGUGAAUGUAGUAAAGAAGGAUUCUAAUCUAGGGAAGGAACAGGAAAAGGAUUCACUUAAAAGUUCCAAAGACAAGGACCGGUUAGAAAUUGUACAGCUGAUGAUGUAUCACAAGUCGCCGCUCUGUUUUAUUGACCUACAAGACAUUGUAAACCUGGAAAAUUUUGCCGGAAAUUUUACAUAUGAAGAGCAACAGCGAUUGCUGAAGCUUUUACCUUCUGUCGACACUGUGGCAGCUAAAGAUAGCAGGGACUCGGCAUUUAUUUACGGCCUCAGAGGCAUGUUUGAUAGCCCUCAGUUCAAGGAUAGUUUGUUGUGCUUCCAGAACCUUCUUGAACAUGGCCUUUUCGAUCACACGCUGGUCGGGACCAAGCUGGAAGACUGCCUAGUCCUGAAGAAAUUUGUGUUGUGCAACGCCGUGAAGUCGAAGUGGGUCGAGAAGUAUAAAACCUUGAAGGACUCGAAAGGUAAAGAUUCUCUCGAUCAGCCGGAAGCUGCCGGAGAAACCAUUACGCCGCAUUCUGCAGCCGAUUCUUCAGCGGGAAUCGAAAGACCACACGACCAGCACCAAAACUUUUCGGUAGCAAAAUCGAGAUUUGCAGCUACCUAUGAAAAGAAAUAUAUGGAGCCAAAAUGUCGAAAAGAGCUCUUGUUCGGCCACAAUGCCGAAAGCUCCGAACAAGAUUUACUGCUCGAUGUCCCGUCCAACGCCUCCUUUCCCCAAGCCGAACUCCUCGUCUCGACUUCUUCGUCGAGCGGCGGGAUUGGCGGGCAGGCCACAAGCGCUUGUGGUAGCUCUGUGUAUCCGAAGUUUGUCAAUCCGGGGUGACGAUGGAGCGCCUGCCCAUCUCUUUUAUUGCUUUAAUUCUUAUGCAUCCUUACGUUACACGGGCGUGUUGGGGACAGACAUGCCCGUGUUGGCUUAGUUGCUUUGGUUGAUAAAAUUUUGUAUAGAUUUUGCUGAAGAUGGUCAUAUUAUUGUAGCUCAAUGGAGGAAAGUUAUACACAGACUACAGCUGUGGAUGGAUUUUAUGUUCUAUAUUAGUAAAUUAUAAACUUUUUAUUU